AUGCAUGGUGGUGGUAAAUUGCAGUUAAUUAAUCUGGCUAUUGCACUUGCUAAUAAGUGUGGAAUGAAGGUCGGCUUGCUUGAUGCUGAUGUGUAUGGACCAAAUGUUCCAAUCAUGAUGAAGCUGGAAGGAAAGCCAAAAGUGACCAAAGGGAGUGUUGAACAUGAAAAGGGUGUCACAGCAUCCCAGUUUCAGAGCCAUGACCACUUUGCAAACGCAUCUAUCGUAAAUGGAAUCUGAAGACGCUGAACCAGAAAUUUUCUAAUUACAAUAGCUUGGAUCUCUGCAAAUAUAGAGCUCAUAUAACCAAGACAUUUGUAGAAUUUAGGCAUAGUUGGAGCUCUGCAAAUUUAGAGUUUUAGAAAUUUGUUUAGGGAUUAGGAUGAAGUCA